AUGUAUAUGGAAAAGUGGCAAAAAUACCAACAAUACACAAACUGUGCUAUCAGGGAGCAGAUCUUGAGGGUGAAGGCGGAAGAGGACAAGAUCCCUCUCCUGCUGGUAGGGAACAAGUCGGACCUGGAGGAGCGCAGGCAGGUAUCUGUGGAAGAGGCCCGGGGGAAAGCUGAGGAGUGGGGCGUCCAGUACGUCGAAACAUCAGCCAAAACCAGAGCCAACGUUGACAAGGUGUUUUUUGACCUGAUGCGUGAAGUUCGAGGCAAGAAAAUGUCCGAAAACAAAGAUAAAAACGGAAAAGCGAAGAACAAGAAGAACAAGAAGAGCUUCAGAGAAAGAUGCUGUUUACUUUGAACACUUCACAACAACCCACAGUACAGCUGUUAAGUUGGGGGAACAAAGCAGAGCGUCCUUGCCAUUGUCAUUCAAACGAAAUUUGAUCUUUUUUUAAUAGCUGUUUUUAGUUUAGUGAUUAGAACAAUCUCAACCUCUUUUUUUGUUUGUUUUUGAUUAAUAAAAUCUGAGUUGCUGUUUCAUUGGAAGAUAACCACUGUUGUGACUGUGACUCGGACUGCAGUUCCUGAUGGCUCACAGUAAGCCAAUGACCAAACUGCCAUUGACACUAACUCUGCUGCUCAAGACAUUUCUCCACUGUUAAACUCAGCGAUUAUACUGCCUUUGACUUAGGUUAAGUGUGUUUUACACCAGAAUUGUUGAGUCUUUGUCAAGUAAACAGUGCUCUUAAUUUCUUUACCUGCUCUUAAUCUUAACCUUUAUAAUCCUUACUCUAUGUUAGUAUAGACCCCUUGAGUCUAUGUUCAUCAAUUUACCAGGAACUCUAAUGCUGCUGUCUGUCUUAUUUGUGAUAAUUUAUGAUGACACUUAAUGUCAUGUCUGUUGAAGAUGUUGGCCUCAUUCAUUCAUCUGUCCAGAC